CAGAAGAACACAGAAGGAAUUCCACAGAAUGGACACCGCGCAUUAUUAUUUGGAACUUUCGCCGGAUCCGGUGCGAUUCGAUGGCACGGGAUUGCUGACCAACGUAUUCUUCGACGAUGCGAAACAACAGGUGAUAGCAGUUCGUUCCGGUGGUGCCACGGGAGUGGUGGUGAAGGGGGCCAGGGACGGAGAGAGCUUCGUGUUCUGUAUGGAUCUAAACUCUGCAGAAGCACCGGAUGCGCAAAUACGCUCGAUCAAGUUCUCCACCGACAAUCAAAUGCUGGCCGUGCAGCGAAAUGAAACCUCCGUCGAAUUCAUCAGCUUCGGACCCAACCACCGGCCAAACCCGCAGGACAUGCUGCUGUUCAAAGGCAAGAACACGAUUUAUGGGUUCGUCUGGAUACAGGAACGACAGGUUGCUUUAUUCACGAACGUCGGCGUCGAAAUACUGAUGGUGAACUACGAGAAACGUUCUCUGAAAUCCAUCAAAUCCCUCAACAUCACCGUCAAUUGGUUUAGCUACUGUCCGACAUCGAAAUUUGCAUUACUGUCCUCGAACGUGGGCACAAUUUUAACGCCAAUCAUACUGAAACCAUCCACCAUUACCAAACUGCCUCGGUUGGAACUCGGUCUCGAGCAGGGUUGCAUGGGAAAGGACGUAACGCUAGCACAACUCUACGGUACCAACGCGAUAUUGAUACUACGGCAACCCUCGAAUCGUCCGUAUGAAGUCGUUAUCUACUUGCUGAAUGGUCCCGGACUGGCACCGAAGAAAUCACACAUUCUCAAGCUUGGCCAGAGUGGCCGCUUUGCGAUGAACAUUGUGGACGAUGUCGUGAUUGUGCAUCACCAAGCUACAGCCAGCUCAAUGUUGUUCGACAUAGCGCUGAGUAGUAGCGAAACGGAGCACGGUUCCGGGGCCACCAUUCAUUCACCUAUAAUACCGGCCAAACCGAUCCGACCCUUUCAACUCGAGGUUCCUUCGAUCUCACUCGAUGGCAAAACGAUCAACUGCGAACUGUACACCAAAGACUGGGUGCUGUUUCAACCAAAUAUCGUUAUCGAUUCGAAGCUGGGAUGCCUAUGGUUCGUGCAGCUUAAACUCAGUGCACUGUGUGCGCUCAUCACGGAUCGGUUACGGUUGGUAGAGUUUUUGCUACAACGCUCCGAUGGAAAAGCGGUCAUUCUAACGGUUUUGAAGGAAAUGAUGAGCACCGGCUACAGUGGCACUAUGCUUCCCGUGGUCGAGGGUAUUUUUAACAAACUGAACGCACUCUACAAAAGUGUACUAGACAGCGAACUGCAAAACCAAAUGGCGCUGAUUUCGGUGGCAAAAUCGCCGAUGAAAGCACCCGUGGUACCGCGAGUAUUCAUCGAUCAGGGAGAUUUGUACACGGCUGUGUUUUCGACCAUAAUCGAUACCCCGCAGCUGGGCAAGAUAUUGCUCCUGUAUCUGAAUUCGCUAGCACGCCAUGGUAUAAGUGCAAAUCACGAACUCAGCAAGGCACUACUGAUCGAUCUGGUCGAGCACCGACAGUUUGACACCCUACAGUUGCUGCUCAAACAUUCCGCCUUGAAUGAAUCCAAAGCGUUGGCCUGCUUUCUGCUGUCCUUAUCGAACGCUGCCUACCCAAUUGUUUCGCAGAUGGCCCUCGAUAUGCUAUCAAGGUUGAAUGCGAAUGAAAUUAUACUGGAGGUGCUGCUGGAACGAGGACAAAUCAUAGACGCACUCCGGUUGGCCAAGCAGAUGCCAGGUGCUGACUCCUUGCCGGCCAGAAAGUAUCUGGAGGCGGCAUAUCGAACGAAUGAUCCGCUUAUCUUUCAUUCUGUUUUCAACUUUUUCCAAAUGAAAAAUGUGCGUCUCCGUGGCUCGCCGGACUUUUUGAAACAUGAACAAUGUGGCGAGUAUGUGCACUACUAUCAAAGUUUAAUUGCGAAUCAAUGCUUAUAAAGUCACCAAAUUCGCCAUUGGACUACGUUAGCAACUACAAGAACUGGUCAAUACAUAUAUAUUCUGAUCCCCGAUAGGACAGUAUAAAAACAUGAUAUAAUUCUUGGAACGAUACAAAAUAAAUUUGUAUUCACACGA